CAACAACAACAACAACAACAACAACAACAACAACAACAACAACAACAACAACAACAACAACAACAACAACAACAACAACAACAACAACAACAACAACAACGACACAACAACAAUAUGAACCAUCAAAAACCGAUUUCACAUUUACGGAUAGCAAGCGGUAUUAUAAAAAUUCUCAUAAGGAUCAAACAAAUAAAUACCGAGGAUUCAUUAGCAAUGCAAUCGAGUACUUUAUCGAAUGCUCGAUCACAAAGUGAAAGUCGUAGUAUGAUGGAACGAAGUCCGGUAUUAUUGAUGUCAAAAAAAGCUUAUUCAGUUGGUGCAGUAAAUUAUUCAGACCCGGGAUAUCUUAUGGAAGCAUUAGAAACAUUAGCUGAUGUACAACCACGUGUAGCUCGUUCAAUCCCAAAACAUGCUAUCAUUGAUACAAGUAAUUUUGCUGCUCGAUCAUUGGAUAAUUGUCUUUUUGAUGCGACAAAUUUAUAA